GAUUAGUUGGAUUGCAAAUCUACUGAACGGAGGAAAACAGUUGUCGACAGUUUGAAACGAUGCUAUGGCCAACAAUGAUUGUCGCGCUCAUACAAACAGCAAAAAUGGUUCAUUCCAUUCCAAUAAAAUCAGUGAAGACCCCUUCCGAUAAGCACAUGCAUACAUCAGAAUGGGUUCAAGUUUUCAAUCAUGGUAACCAGGGUCCAGGAAACUAUGUUUUCAGCUAUGAUAAUUCGGACUCCAAUAACUUGCAGUUUCAAGAGGAGAGGAAUGAAAAUGGAACUAUUGUUGGGAGCUAUGGAAAAAUGGGACCAGAUGGAAAAAUGAAAAUUGUUCAUUAUGUUUCUGACAAGAAAGGUUACAGGUCGAAGGAAGAAGACAUGAAGGCACCUGAUAUGCAGAAAACAAAGACCAUUCUCCAUACGGAUAUUAUGAAGAACCUGGACAAAAACAAGAAGAUGCAGGACAGUAUCAUGACAAGAACAUCUUCGGCUGAUGCAAACACCUUUUUGAAAGCAAUAACACUUGGCCAAAAUCCUCUGGGAAACAUUCCAAUGCCUGAAAUCAUGAAUCUCAAGAACCAAGAUCAUCCUGACUUUGAUGUACUGUUCAAUAAUGUUUAUCCACAUGAUAAAAGGGUGGAUUUAAAAAAGCUGAUCAGUAAUUAUGAUACUGGAAAUUUUUUCUUAUUGCAGUAUCCAUUCCACUUAUAAAAGAAUAAUAUUCAACAUAAUUUAUAUACAUUCUUACGUUAUGUGGAAAAAAAUCAAAUAAGUUUCAUUCGAAUGAAUUCUUAAGAGGUUCUACUCUCACUAAAUUGCAGAGAAUAAUUCAUCAUUUUUGUCUGUGCUUUGCUUGAUUAAUAAACCGUGUUCUCAA